CAUCACCCACCCGGGCUAUGCCCACAGUCACUCCUUACUGAACCCCCGCGUUCACCUUGUCCUUCCUUUCUUGCUAUUUAUUUCCAACGACAGGCUCGACGCCGUCACCAUGCAUUUCACUUCCAUUCUCCUCCUCGGGCUCCUCUCGGCUAACCACGCGCUGGGCGCGGCCGUCUUCGCCCACUUCAUCCUCGGCAACGCAUGGAACUACACCCUCGCCACCUGGAAGGAGGACAUGACCCUGGCCCAGGCGGCCCACAUCGAUGCCUUCGCGCUGAACAUGGGGUACGGGGACUCGUCCACCGCCACUCAGGCCGCCCUCGCCUUCGAGGCCGCCAACAGCGUCGGCUUCAAACUCUUCUUCUCCUUCGACUACGAAGGCGGCACCGGUGCCUGGCCCCAAGCCGACGUGAUCACCUACCUCAACAAAUAUGGCUCCAACUCCGCCCACUACAAAUACAACGGAAAACCGUUCGUCUCGACCUUCGAAGGCACCGCCGCCGCCACCGAAUGGAUCACCAUCAAAUCCGAAACGAAUUGCUUCUUCGUCCCGGACUGGUCCUCCCUUGGGGCUGAGGGCGCCUACAAGGCCGGCGGCGGCGGGAUCGUGGAUGGUCUCUUCAGCUGGGGCGCGUGGCCCUCCGGCCCGAAUAACAUGGACAACGCGACCGAUCUCACCUACCUCGAUCUGGAUGUCCCCUACAUGAUGCCCGCCUCGCCAUGGUUCUACACCAACCUAGCGGAAUAUAGCAAGAACUGGCUCUGGCGGGGCGAUAGUCUCUGGCAUGAUCGAUGGGAGAUGAUCUGGGAGUUGCAGCCGGAGUGGGUGGAGAUUAUCACCUGGAAUGAUUAUGGUGAGAGUCAUUAUAUUGGGCCCAUUCGGGAGGACGCGAUUAGUCUGAUGACGACGGGUGGUGCGCCGCUGAAUUAUAUUGAGAAUAUGCCCCAUGAUGGAUGGAGAGAGUUGCUUCCGUUCGCUAUUGAUACGUACGUCAAUGGGAAUGCGACCCUUGAUUACGAAGGCCUCGUCACUUGGUACCGUCCCAACCCGUCCGAGGCGUGUGGCACGGGAGGGACCACCGGUAAUACGGCGAGUGAGGGCCAGACGCUGUAUCCGCCGGCGGAGGUGGCUCAGAAUAAGAUCUUUUAUUCGGCGAUGUUGGAUUCGCAUGCUAAUGUGACGGUCACUGUGGGGGGGCAGUCGCUCGGCGCUACCUGGGAGCAUCUGGGCCGUGGUGGUGCAGGACUCUAUCACGGUGGUGUGGAGUAUGGUAGCGCUACUGGCAAGGUGGUGGUGACUGUUCACCGGGAUGGAGAGACUGUGGCUACUGUGGCAGGCGAGUCGAUUACCGCGACGUGUACGGAUGAUCUGUCGAACUGGAAUGCUUGGGUGGGAUCCAACGUGUCCAAUAGCACCAGAAAGACGAAUACCCGUCGUGACGUCCCAGCUUCAUUGCCGGUGAAGAGUCGCCACGCACACAGCCAUCUCCACCGAGGCCAUAACCGGUUUCAUUGAUGCGCAGGCCCGGGUAGCAGCAUAGUUCGUGGACGAAGACUUUGAAGCAAUCGUUUGUUAUAUACCCAUACUGUACCGAGAGUAUACAAUUUCCAUUCUCGCUGA